UGCUGGAUCUAAUAAUAGGGCAAAAGUUCCCUAUAAUCACUGUGGAGGGUCGCUUCCAUUCAUUGUCCACUGAGAAUUGAAAAAGGCCCAAGAAGUUCAACUUGUCUACAUUCAAACUUUCCAUGAUACCCAUACUCGUAUGGUAAAAAAUUCUGAUGAUGAAAACGAGGUGCAGUGGAUAAGUAAGGAAGCCCAAAUAAGACAUGAGAAGAUGCUUGAGCUGUAUCAACAAGUUCAACAAGGAAUUGCAGAGGGAUCUCAACCACAUGAAGAGUUAGAUAUUUUUAAUGAAGUGAUUGGUGCUAAAAGAUACAAAAGACAACGUGGUUCUUCGGCUUCAUCUUCUAAUGGAGUGGUGAAUGAGUUUCGUGAUUUGAUUGAGACAUUGAAUGAAAAGAUUAAAAGCCAGGAGGACCAGAUUUUGAAAUAUCAAGAUGAAAUCAAGGAAAUGAAAGAUGAGAAUCAGAAAAUGAAGGAUGACAAUGCUCUGCGUUCAAGGAAGAUAUGUUUAGUCGACUCGGUUUUAUGUUUAGUCGACUCGGUUUUGCUCCGGCUAUGCUUAAUAACCUUCCCAUUCCACCACAGGAGCACAAUUAAUGAAAGGUCCAGAUGAAGUUUGUUUUAGGUUGCAAGUUCAUCGUAUGGAAUGUAGUUUGUUUUAUUUAAGGUUGUUUCGUUUAGGGUUUGUUCGUAUUUUAUCAGGUUUGAAAGUCUAUUUUA